UAGUCGCGCAGCGUCUUUACACGUGCGUGCCUGAUUUUUACUUUAUUUCGCUUAGUUUUUAAUUAAGAAAGCAUUUAAAUAUGUCGCUUUUACACAUCAGGAAACCUAAAACCCGCAAGGGAAAGAAGGUGCUGCUGGCUAGGGAGCCACAACUGAUAGAAUCCGCCCGGACAAUGCUCUUUUUGGACGGACGGAAAUGCGGGGGUAACGUGAAGCUGUGCAUGAAGGAUUUGCAGGCAUUGAAGAAGCCUUUGGUAAAGAUCCUAAACCGCAAGAACGACAUAACACCUUUUGACGAUCCCUCCUCACUGGAGUUCUUGACUAUGAAGAACGAUGCUGCUCUGUUCUCGUUUGGUUCCACAUCGAAAAAGCGACCCGAUAACAUUAUCCUAGGCAGGAUCUUUGAGAACGAGGUGCUGGACAUGUUUGAGUUGGGCAUCAAGCGCUAUCAGGCGAUUUCCGAGUUCAAGAAUGAAAAGAUUGGUGCCUGCGUUAAGCCCUGCCUGGUGUUCAACGGACCCAAAUGGGCGCAAACCGAGGAACUGAGGCGCCUUCGCAACCUGUUCAUCGACACUUUCCAGCGCGAAAAGGUAGACUCGAUCCGCCUGCAGGGCAUCGAGCACGUACUCAGCUUCACGGUGACCGACGACAUGAACAUCCUAAUGCGUUCCUACCGGAUUCUGCUGAAGAAGUCUGGCCAAAAGACACCGCGCAUCGAGUUAGAGGAGAUCGGACCUUCGGCCGAUUUCGCCAUCCGUCGUACCAAAAUCGCCAGCGAGGAUCUCUAUAAGCAGGCACGCAAGCAGCCCAAACAGCUGAGGGUGGGCAAGAAGAAGAACAUCAGUACCGAUGCCCUGGGCAACACCAAGGGACGUGUCCAUCUGGGCAAGCAACAGACGGGCUCCAUUCAAACGCGCCGAGUUAAGGCGCUGCGCAAAACGCCCGAGGAAAAGAAGGAGAACCGCCAGCGAAAGAAGGUUGCCCUAAAAACAGCCGCCGCCGAAGCUCUGGCGGCCUCACAAGCACAAGGCAAUCCCUUUUCUAGUUAGCUUUAAUAGUAAUAAAUUGGUCCAGAUUAAA